CUUCAGAUAUGUUGUAGGGCAGGUCAUACCGAGUAAUUAUGUGAAAAAAUUUCGUGGGGGACGGCCUUGGUUUAGCAGAUAUGGCAGUUCAAAGUUUCGGAACAAUAUUAGUAUUUUUGUUCUUUUCGUUCGUGUUGUGAGCAUGUAGGCAGGGGAGGCUGCGCCCCCCUGCACCCUCCCAAAACCUAACCUAACCUAACCUAACCUCUAAAAGAAGCUUUUCACAAGAAGCAAAUGUAAUUGGAAAUCGUUAUUUUUUUCCGAAGGGGGUUACGACUUCCGAUUACAUUCGCUUCUUGUGAAAAGUCGGUAGGGGAGAGGGAGGCAAGUUGGCGAGGGAGGCAAGAUGACGAAUCGGUAGUUUGACCUGUUAUAAUAUAGGUAGCGCCACCAAAUUUUUACUGAAGGAGCAUCAUAACAAGGCCAAACCUUGUACCCGGUAACUUCGUCCGAAAACAUUAUCACAAAAAAAUAAUCAACAAAACAGUGAAAAAUUGCGAUUUUGUUAUUUUUUUGUCGUUUUUUCAAAUUUGAAUGUUCACUUCAUGAGGUAAGUUAAAAUUUCAAAAUAAUUUUAUACACGAUAAAGGUACUUUAUUAUACAUAUUCUGAUAGUUUCCGGCGAGUUUCGAUCAUAAAUUUUUUCAGCAGAAUUUUUCGAUUAAAAAAGUCGUUUGGGGGCAAGUUGGCGAACUUCAAGAUUAUGUAAAUUUUUGGUGUUUUUUGCAGAUGGUUCGAACUUAUAAGAAAAAAAGGGACCAAUAUUGGUCGCAGGUCAGUUUGGAGAAUGCUAUGAAAGCUAUAGAAGAAGGUUCGUCUGUUUUGGCUGCUUCAAAAAAUUUCGGUGUGCCAGAAUCAACUUUGAGACGUUAUCGACGAAAAUAUCCAGACAUGGAGGAUACUCCGUCCAAUAGAGGUCGAUUUAAAUGCACAUUCAGCGACGCUCAGCUGAAAGAGCUGUAUGAUUUUGUGCUCGCUGUUGACCAGCGUGCGUUUGGACUCACGAAAGUUCAGCUUGGAAGAAUUNCCUAUUCAUUUGCAGUUAAAAAUGGCAUAGAGCACCCAUUCAAAGGGACAUGCGCCGGACGGACUUGGGUUGAAACGUUUAUGAAGGCUCAUAACUUAUCUAUGAGGAAGCCAGAAAAUACCUCAGCUGCUCGAUUAAUGGCAUUCAAUAAAGAAAACGUCGACUUAUUUUUUCGAACUUUGGGAGAGAUACGAGCUGAAUAUCGUUUUCCUGCGUGUGACAUUUACAAUGUUGAUGAAACGGGCGUGUCCACCGUUCCGACCAAGGAUCCCAAAACCAUAUCACCAAAAGGGAAUCGUCGUGUAAUCAAAAUAUCUUCGGCUGAGCGAGGUAUAAAUGUAACAGCAGUGUGCUGUAUGAAUUCGCUGGGUCAAUUUAUCCCACCAGCAUUUAUUUUUCCGCGAGUUAGAGACCUUGAUAAAUUUCUGCAAAAUGCUCCAGCUGGUUCAAAAGCGCUUGGAAAUGAGUCCGGUUGGAUGACCAACGAAUUGUUUUUGGUUUAUUUAGAACACUUUGUUUACCAUACCAGACCGUCCAAAGAUCGAAAAGUUUUAUUGAUUUUAGACAAUCAUUCCAGUCACGUCUCUCUUGAAGCCAUAGAAUUUUGCCGUGCCCAUCAUAUUGUUAUGUUGGGCUUCCCUGCACACACGAGUAACCACCUUCAGCCAUUAGAUGUUUCUGUGUAUGGUCCACUGAAAACUGCGCUAGGAAUCGCAUGCCAUGAUUAUUUGAUCACUAAUCCUGGCAGAGUGAUAACUAUCGCAGACGUUCCUGGAAUAUUCAAGGUGGCAUAUCGAGUUGCGGCGACCGAAGAAAAUGGAGUUGCUGGAUUUCGUGCGACUGGAAUUCAACCUUUCAACAGUCAAAUAUUCACCAAAGCGAUGUUUGCGCCAGCAGCCACAACUGACAGACCUCUUCAAGUUGUUCCAGCUACACCUGUCAACACAACACCAGCUACACCCGUCGAUGCGAUUCCAGUGACUCCUACUUCACUCACAGAGAUUGUCGACGAUAUGGAUAUUGCAAUUCCAUCGUUUAGUGGCGUCACUUCUACUCCUACAUCAUCGACCAGUACUUCUUGGCCUCUCGUUUUACCCAAAGCUGCUGUGCCGAGACCCACACAAAAACGAGGAAAACUUCCAUCAAUGGUUCUCACAUCGUCGCCAGUAAAAGCUGCCUUAUUAAAAAAAAAACAGGACAAAGAAGCUAAAAAAGCAGGGAUCGAGUUACGAAAAAAUCAGCGUGAGGAAAAACGGAAACAAAAAGAAAUUGAUCUCGAAAAAAACAAAAAAUUGAAAGAGAUUGCCAAGGCGAAGAAAAGAUCUAGCAAGAAAAACCAGACGAAAAAGUUGCAACAAAAAAAAAUGAAAAUCUGCGAAAGCUCAUCAGAGGAAGAAUCCUCCAACGAUGAAAGUAAGGUGGAAUAUGCCGAAUCGUCAGAUUACGAUGAGUUUAACGAGGACGAAUGCUUGGUCUGCGGAGAAUUUGGAAAGACAGAAGACUGGUUUCAAUGCAGUAAUUGUAAGAAAUGGGCACAUGCCGACUGUACUGGUUGGAUGUACCCAGACAAACCCUAUGUGUGUGAUUUAUGUGUUCUUUAAACUUAUUUGUACUCCUUAGNUACUUUUGACUUAUAAAUAAAUAAUUUUUGAUAUAAUUUUGUUGUUUACGAGCAUUUUUAGGUGACCAAACCCUAUUCGCCAACUUGCCUCCAUAUGGAGGCAAGAUGGCGAAUUCGCCACUUUUUGCGCAAACUCAUCUGGUGGGCAUGUUUUUCAGUUUUUUUGUCCGUCCAAUAGAUAAUAUGAUAGAAAACACUUCAGUCUAUAAGAAUCAGCAUUAACAUUCUCAAAAAAAUUUUUUUUUUAAGUUCCAGGCCUUGUCAAAGCUUAACCUCGCCAA